GGACUAGAUGAUAGGCGGCUCAAUAGCCUCGGGCUGAUGAUACCCCAGCCGCUUUCUCCAGUGGUUCGACAAUCGGUGACGUUCUUAAGGGACAGCGUCUCGCUCGCUGAUCGAGGGGUAAUUCCGGACAAGCAAGUUCCCAGUUCCAUGGUUGAGAAUACUGACUUGUGAUACUUCGGACCGCGAUUGUUGCUUGACGUUUCUGUGCGAACCCUUUUCUGCGCUCUGGGCUCUGGAAUUCACUAAGAGGCUUCUUUGUGGCUUGACAUCUCGCCAGCUACUAGCUCACGCCCUGUAUCUACGUCGACAAUAUGGCCUCUGGAGUAGAGCGACCAAUCGAUAGAUCGAGUGAGGAAGAAAAGACUAUCGGCGAGGAGCAUGUUGAAACGGCAAAACAUGUACACACAAUCGAGAACCUACCUGAUCCCGACGCUGGACUCAGCGAAGAGGAACGCGCUGCGCAUGACAAAGCCCUCCUCCGCAAACUCGACUUCCGACUAAUCCCCUGGCUCUCCUUCCUCUACUUGAUCUCUUUCCUAGACCGCACGAACAUUGGCAAUGCGAAAGUCGAUGGCUUGCAAGAAGAUCUCAACAUGACUGACGGCCAGUACAAUGCCAGUCUAACCAUCUUCUUCGUCAGCUACUCCGUCUUUGAGCCGCUGACCAAUGUGCUGUUGAAGAAGUUACGCCCGAGUAUCUUCUUACCACUUAUCAUGAUCUGGUGGGGGAUUUGUAUGACGUGUAUGGGGUUGGUGCAUAAUUAUGCUGGUCUUAUGACUGCGCGGUGGUGGCUGGGAUGUGCUGAGGCAGGACUAUUCCCUGGAGUAAACUACUACCUGAGUUGCUGGUACAGGCGUUCCGAGUUCGGCAUCCGAGCUGCGAUCUUCUUCUCAGCUGCCGCUCUAGCUGGUAGUUUUGGUGGCCUACUCGCCGCUGGAAUUGCGCAGAUGGGAGGCGUAGGCGGAAAGCCAGGCUGGGCGUGGAUCUUUAUCCUUGAAGGUCUCGCCACCAUCCUCGUAGGAAUAGCAAGUUACUGGAUGGUCCACGACUUCCCCGCCGAAGCCACAUUUCUCUCUCCCAACGACCGUGCGCGUGUCCUCCGCCGUCUGCGCGCCGACAAACAAGCCUCAGCUGCGCACGAAGAGUUCCAGACCAAGUACUUUUGGCAAUCCAUCAAGGACUGGAAGACGCUCAUGUUCAGCAUCAUCUACAUGGGCGCAGACGGUUCGCUCUAUGCCUUCAGUCUCUUCCUGCCCACCAUCAUUGCCGGGUUGGGCUAUAAGUCUACGACAGCGAAUCUGCUUUCUGUGCCACCGUAUGCAGUUGCAGCUGUGGUGACGGUGGUAGUGGGUUAUAUUGCUGAUCGCACGCAACAAAGGGGUUACUGCAACAUGGGAGUCUCGCUCUUUGGUAUCGUGGGCUUUGCCAUGUUGCUCGGAUCUGCAAGUCCGAAUGUUCAGUACGCGGGUACAUUCUUGGGAGCUGUGGGUAUCUAUCCAACAAUAGCGAAUACUAUAUCCUGGGCCGCCAACAACGUCGAGGGCGUGUACAAGCGUGGCGUCACCCUUGGCUUUGUGAUAGGCUGGGGCAACAUCAAUGGCGUCGUUUCGUCGAACAUCUACCGCAGUAGGGAUAAGCCGCGCUAUUUCCUGGGACAUGGUGUAGUUCUGGCAUAUCUGACGCUGUGGCUGCUUGGCGGGAGUAUUGUGACCCGAUUUCUGCUUGCGUGGGAGAACAAGAAAAGGAGGCAGGGAGCAAGGGACCACUGGAUUGAGGGUAAGAGUGAAAAAGAGAUUGAGGAGAUGGGGGACCAGCGGCCGGAUUUCUUAUAUACUCUCUAAAAUGUAGAGUUGAGGCUUGGGUAGAAUAUUAGAACGGACUCUAGUCGCGUCACAAUAGACAUGGCACUAUCAGAACUUCUGAACGCUAGCUUGUUGAAGUA